AUUUCCAUGGAAACUCUAAUUGCCGCCCGGUGCAGCGCUGAAAUAGGGGCGCCAGGUACCGCCCGACGCAGCCUCCCGGAGCACGGCUCCGCCAGCCCCAGACCCGCAUCGAUAGUGGCCACCCCACCGCGUCCGCGCAAGGUGCGCCGCCAGGCCGCGGCGAUGCGCGCCCCGCCCCGCUCCCGGGCAGCCGCCGCGCCCCCCGCAGCGCGGCCCGGCCCGGAGCCAUGAGCGCGCCCGGGGCUGCCCGCCCCGCCUGGCACUGCGCACCCGCUGCGCACCGCGGCCCUCUCCGCCCGCCGCCGCUGCCGCGGAAGACCGAGGCGCCGCCGCCGGGAGAUGCGCGCAGGAAUCUGCAUUUUCCUGAAAGCUACAGCCGCAUGCCAUGCUGGGAUUCACCAACUGACAAAAGGGAGAGAGAAUCUUCAAAAACAGAAGCAGCUGUUAAAGCAGGAAGAUAAAUGCCACAGGACUGUAAAAUGGAUUUAGGAUUCAAAGACCGUAACAACAGGACACUUACCAAGAAUACCUCUGCUGCUACAAAGAAUUUUUCUGCCUGGGAAGACUAUAAGAGUAGUGUUGACGACAUACAGUAUUUUCUUAUUGGGCUGUACACACUUAUAAGUCUGGCUGGCUUUAUGGGAAAUCUGCUUAUACUAACAGCUCUACUAAAGCGCAAGCAGAAGACAAUAAUAAACAUUCUCAUUGGUAACUUGGCCUUUUCUGACAUCUUGGUGGUGCUGUUUUGUUCACCUUUCACACUGACAUCCAUCCUGCUUGACCAGUGGAUGUUUGGCACUAUCCUGUGUCGUGUAAUGCCCUUCCUCCAGUGCACAUCAGUUCUAGUUUCAACUUUGAUGUUAAUAUCUAUUGCUGCAGUCAGGUACCGUAUGAUAAAAUAUCCCCUUUCUAGCAAUCUAACAGCAAAACAAGGCUAUUUCUUAGUAGUGACCAUUUGGACCUUUGGCUUUGCAAUUUGCUCCCCUCUGCCAGUUUUCCACAAAAUUGUAGACCUCAGCAAAACUUUGAAUGUAGAGGCACUGGAGAACAGGCUCUUGUGCAUUGAGUCCUGGCCUUCUGAUUCCUACAGAAUCGCCUUUACGAUAGCCUUACUGUUCAUGCAGUAUAUAUUGCCACUGGUGUGUUUAACCGCUAGUCACACCAGCGUCUGCAGGACCAUAGGUUCCAGACUGUCAAACAAGGAAAACAAGUUUGAAGAAAAGGAGAUGAUAAACCUAACUCUUCAGCCCACCAGGAGUACCGGCACACAGGUGCAGCCCUCCAGACAUCCCAGAUGGAGCUGCGCCUUUGGCAGAAAGCACCACAGAAGAUACAGUAAAAAGACUUCAAGUGUGAUGCCCACUAUUUCAAGGCAUCAUCAGGAUACUCAUUCCAGAGACUUCCCAGAAAUAUCUGGCACAGAAAAAAGCCAGCUCUCUUCCUCUAGUAAAUUCAUCCCUGGGAUACCUAUCUGUUUUGAGAUGAAACCAGAAGAAAAUACAAAGAUCCAGGAUGCGAUUACAGUAUCCCGAUCCAUUGUCAGAAUUAAGAUGAGAUCUAGGAGAGUUUUUUGCAGACUGACAGUGCUAAUCCUAGUUUUUGGUUUCAGUUGGAUGCCUCUUCACCUUUUCCACAUUGUGACAGAUUUUAAUGCCACUCUUAUUUCUAAUAGACAUUUUAAAUUAGUAUAUUGCAUAUGCCAUUUACUGGGUAUGAUGUCCUGCUGCUUGAAUCCCAUCCUCUACGGGUUUCUUAACAACAGCAUAAAAGCUGAUUUAAUGUCCCUUAUUCCAUGCUGCCAAAUAUAAUGAUUUUAUGUGCCCCAAGAUAAAAUAAAACAAACAAGUUUGGCUUUCAAGCCUGCUGACGUGUAUAGCUGUAAAAGCUAAAUUAGUUUAGUUUAGUUAGUCUGACUUGGCUGUGAUUAGUAGUGUUUUGUGUAAACGGAUAGUUCUAUGGCUGCAUGUAUUUCUUGCACUGGGCAGAAAUGUAUAGAUAUAUUAUAAUAUUCUUACAUCUGUUACACAUAGGAAAUCAUGGCCAGUGAACAAAACCAGAAUACCAUUUUCAUUACCUGAAAUAUUGGCAAUCUGUGCUUUGGAAUUAUACAGAAUACAUAAUGAGCAAUAAAUGUAAGACAAACUACUUAGACAUAUCAGUAUUAACUGUCAUUAAUCUAUAAUAAAAUACAUACAGUUUACUAAAUAACUAACUGUUGAGACUA